AUGGGGGUGACACGCCUUGUAUCCGAGCUCGAGCUGGGAUGGAUCGAGUCGCAGAACCAGCGUGACAAGCGCAUGGAGGAGCUGUGGGCCAAGCUGGACACGCAAAAGUCGGGCUUCCUCGACUUCAAGGGCCUGCAGCGGGGAUUGAAGAGGAUUGAUCAUCCCAUGAAAAAUGCGGGAGAGAUGAUGCGCCAGAUCCUGUCAAGGGUCGACACAAACGAGGACGGACGGAUCGACUAUGAAGAGUUCCGGACGUUCGUUGAGCAGACCGAGAAGCAGCUUCUGAUCCUGUUCCACUCGAUCGAUCGGGACAAUAACGGAAAGCUCGACAAGGCAGAGCUGCAGGCGGCUUUCAAGCGUGCUGGGCUCGUUGUGCCGAUGCGGAAGCUCGACGCCUUUUUCAACGACAUUGACCUGAACAACGACGGCUAUAUUACCUUUGGCGAAUGGCGGGACUUCCUGCUGUUUAUGCCGGUGCACCACGGCAAUGCGCCGCUUGAGGCUGUUCUCAGCUACUACUCGUCGAUUGUCACCCUCACUGCCGAGGGCGACUCGAUGGUAUCGGAGGAAACACUUGAAGGCUUAGAUGACAACGUAUGGGAUGUCUUUAAAGGAGUCUAUGAGGAUGGGGUUAAGAAAAGGAAAGAGCUCGCUAGAAUGAAGAACCCCCUUCCUUGCCGGUGCCGUCGCUGGCGGUGUCUUUACGAAGACGCCACGGCGCCCCUUGACCGUCUCAAGGUCUACCUGCUCGUCAACACAAAGUCGAGCGCCGACACGGCCCUCGCGGCCCUCAAGCAGGGGCGGCCCCUCGUCGCCCUGGCCAAUGCCGGCAAGCCCUUUGGCGAUGCCUUUCGUGAUCUUUGGCAGGCCGGUGGCAUGCGCAGCUUGUUUGCUGGCAACGGACUCAACGUGAUCAAAAUUAUGCCUGAAAGCGCAAUCAAGUUUGGGUCCUACGAAGCCGCCAAGAGGGCCCUCGCUAAGCUCGAGGGCCAUGACGACCCCAAGAGGAUCAACUCCUACUCCAAAUUCACGGCGGGCGGCAUUGCCGGCAUGGUCGCACAAUUCUGCGUCUACCCCCUUGAUACCCUAAAGUUCAGACUUCAGACAUCCACUGUCCAGGGCGGCCUGACAGGCAACGCUCUCGUCAUUGACACGGCCAAGAAGAUGUGGCUCGCAGGCGGCUUCCGCUCCGCCUACCGCGGCGUCACCAUGGGCCUGAUCGGCAUGUUCCCGUACAGCGCCAUCGACAUGGGCACGUUCGAGCUCCUCAAGACGUCGUACAAAAAGUACGCCGCCCAGUACCAGGGCAUCCACGAAGAGGACGCCAAGCCGGGCAACAUUGUCACGGGCAUCAUUGGCGCGACGAGCGGCGCGUUCGGCGCCACGGUCGUCUAUCCGCUCAACGUCCUGCGCACGCGCCUGCAGACGCAGGGCACGGCCAUGCACCCGGCGACGUAUACGGGCAUAUGGGACGUGGCGCAGAAGACGCUGAAGAACGAAGGCAUGCGGGGCAUGUACAAGGGUCUGACGCCGAACCUCCUCAAGGUUGCGCCCGCCCUCAGCAUAACCUGGGUCAUGUACGAAAACUCCAAACGCAUGCUGGGUCUGGAGUAA